GGUCACUCCUGCUGCUGUCAGCACUGUAAACACUGCUGGGGGGGUAGUCAGCCCAAGUCCCCACCCCCAGCCAGGUGUCACAGAAGGGAUCGUCCUUCAGGGUCAGAGGGGCCCCCCUGUCACCACAAGCCAGACCCUAGCUCAGGGGCUGCAGAACUCAAGAUACCACCCCAUUUCUCCUGACUGAGGAAGGGAACGAGGCGUCUUCGGUACUCCUCCAUUCUGUGUCCCCGGGGUCUGGAGUCAAGACACUUUCAAAUGCAGAGGCUCUUCAGACACAGCUUUUCUGGAAACUGAUCUUCAGUGCACUAGGAGAAGGAGACUCUCAAACCAAAAAUGACCUGGAGGCACCAUGUCAGGCUUCUGUUUCUAAUCAGUUUGGCAUUACGGAUCAUCAGCUUGGGAAAUAGCUAUCAAAUAGAGAAAAGUAACAGAGGUAGAGGGGAAGUCACCAAGGUUGCGGCCCUGAAGCAGCAGCAGACACCGCUCAACUGGACCUCGGGUCAUGUCGGGGAGGUGACUGAGAGCGAGGAGGGCUGGAGGCCAGGGGAGCGGCUCCCCUACUCCCGAGCUUUCCGAGAGGGUGCGCCCGGGAGGCCACGUUGCUGCCGCAACGGCGGCACCUGCGUGCUGGGCAGCUUCUGCGUGUGCCCGGCCCACUUCACCGGCCGCUACUGCGAGCACGACCAGAGGCGCAGUGAAUGCGGCUCCCUGGGACACGGAGCCUGGACCCUCCGGGGCUGCCACCUCUGCAGGUGCGUUUUCGGGGCCCUGCACUGCCUCCCCCUCCAGACGCCUGGCCACUGUGACCCGAAAGACUUCCUGGCCUCCCGCGCUCACGGGCAGAGCGCCGGGGGCGCGCCCAGCUUGCUGCUUCUGCUGCCCUGCGCGCUCCUGCACCGCCUCCUGCGCCGGGAUGCGCCAGCGCGCCCUCCUCCGUCCCUCGUCCCCUCCGUCCCCCAGCAGGACCCGCGCCCCUGCAGAAGGCUGGGAUUUGGGCAUCGCCUUUCAUUUUCUAUGUUGUAAAUAGAAACACUGGGUGAAUAUUUUUAUUGGGUAAUAAACAUUUUCAUGAAAG